AUGGAUUUCCGCUUUUCGGGCGACUCGGCCCCAAACCCCUCGAUUCCGAAGCGCCUCGUCAAGGAUAUAGUGCACGGGGCGGCGCGCGUCAGGCUCCAGAACAGGGUUCUGGUCGACGGAAAGAAAGUUGCCUUUAGCGAGGGCCAGGGUCUUCUGUCACACUCGUUGGAAGGCAUCCGUGAUCACAUCGUCACUGAUCUUUUGGUCUCCGGCCUUGUCGAGGACAAUACCGCGGAGCUUGUUGUUCUGCUCCUGGAGCCAUUGGAUGUUGCCCUGUCUUUCGUGGAGCUGCUUCUACUUCGAACCCAGGUCAUCCCGGAGGAAUAUCGCAUCGGAGAGCAUAUCAGAGUCAUGCUGCAUUUGAAGAUGGGAACAUGA